AUGACUGGGAAGCCUGUGCUUCACUACUUCAAUGGAAGAGGAAGAAUGGAGUCCAUCCGGUGGCUCUUGGCAGCAGCUGGAGUGGAGUUUGAAGAAGAACUUUUUGAAACCCGUGAAGAAUUUGAGAAGUUAAUCCAAGGUGGAGCCCUGAUGUAUGAACAAGUGCCCAUGGUUGAAAUUGAUGGAAUGAAUUUGGUGCAAACGAGAGCCAUCUUAAGAUACAUAGCUGCAAAGUACGACUUGUAUGGAAGAAACCUGCAAGAACAGGCCUGGAUUGAUAUGUAUGUAGAAGGCUUGAGGGACCUGAGUGACAUGAUUAUGUUCUUUCCACUCUCUCUGCCGGAAGAGAAGGAGAUAAAUCUGGAAUACAUCCUCCAACGAGCCACGACAAGAUUCUUCCCUGUUUAUGAGAAGGCCCUAAGAGACCACCAGCAAGAUUUUCUUGUGGGCAGUCGGCUGAGCUGGGCGGAUGUGCAGCUCCUCGAAGUCAUCUUAAUGGUUGAAGAGUGCAAGGCCAAUGCUCUCGCAGGCUUCCCUCUGCUACAGGAAUUCAAGGUCAGAACCAGCCAAAUCCCUACAAUUAACAGAUUUCUUCAACCUGGAAGCCAGAGGAAGCCUCCGUUGGAUGAUGAAUCCAUUUCGACUGUGAAGAACAUAUUCAAAUUUGAACAAGGCAUGUUUCUUAAAAACAUGAGCACUAUAGUAGCUGAGUACUAACAGACACAGAGGCCCAAGUGACUCAGUAAACAUUUCACACUGUGUUUGUAUCAAUAACCAGGAAAACAUCCUUGAAGCCAUGUUAUUCAAGAAAUAAUAAAUGUGCAAGGAAGUAAACUACUGGAAACUUACCAAUAAGUCAGAAAAGCUAACUCUGGUUUGAAAUAAGACAUGCUACCAAGAAGGAGUCCAGGAAACCAAGUAGGGGUUCUCUGCAUUCUGUAAGUGCUAGAACAGACUUGUAUGUAGUGAGUGGAAGUCAGAGUGUCCUCAUUACAUUUACGUGUGUGUGUGUGUGUGUGUACACCUGUGUUUUCCUUGGCACAUGUGUGGAGGUCAGAAAAUAAUUCUCUUUAUACCCUGUAGGCUCUGUGGAUUGCACCCAGGUGUGGUAGUUUGAAAUUGGCCCCCAUAAGCUCAUGGGUAGUGGCACUAUUAGGAGGUGUGAUUUUGUUGGAGUAUGGCCUUGUUGGAAGAAGUAUGUCACUGUGGGGGUGGCUUUGAGGUCUCAUAUAUGCUCAAGCUACACCCAGAGACAGUUCAUUUCCUAUUUCCCGGGGAUCAAGAUGUGGGACUCUCAGCUCCUUCUCCAGCACCAUAUCUGCCUGCACACUACCAUGUCCUGCCAUGAUGAUAGUGGACUAAACCUAUGAACUGUAAGCAACCCUAAUUAAAUGUAUUUCUUUAUAAGAGUUGCUGUGGUCAUGGUAUCUCUUCACAGCAACAGAAAUCCUAAGACAUCAGAUUAUUAAGUUUAUUUGCAAGCAACCUUGCUGACGCUAAAAGAUUAAAAAACAAAACGCAAUAAUAACAAAAACAUGCACAUCACCAUCAUUCACUUUCACUGCUUUUUGUCAAUAAUUCAGAAUGCAGCAUAGCUUCAACUACCUUCUAAAACUUUCCAUCAUUUACUAUAUAUUAUACAUAUAGUAAAUAUUUCUGCAAUCAGUCACAUGAUUUGCCUUUAUUUCAGUGUCAAUCACAGUGUGAAUAGAAGCCAUUGUCCACUUUGGCUGUUGGCAAGGAAGCACCACCUGCCAUUUCCAGUCCAGCAUGUGGUAGCAAUCUCUUUGGCAUUACUGGGUCAGAGGGGAUUCCUUUUUUUCUGUUUUAAAGGGGAUCCUUUAAAGUAUACCAAAGAAGUAUGUACAGGUUUCCUCUGUGGUUCACUUAGUGGGUUUGCUUUCUCCAUCUCUCAAUUCCUGAUGGCUGAGAGUUUAACAACCUGCUUGUAAGAGUAAGUUCCCCUGCCUUCCAGCUUGGCAGCCAGAGCUCUCCACCCCUUCCCAUUUCACCAAAGGACUGAAACUGUGAGUCUUGGUGCCCUGAAGGGCAUGCUACCAUGCCUUAUCCCUUAGGGAUGAGACACUGAGUCCUCAGGGCAUGACUGACUUCCCAGAGGCCACAGGAGCCAGUGAAAAUGAGCAGGUGGUCCGUCUGGUCCUCAAACUGCCUUGGACACUACCAGCUACAACUGUUCUUAAAAUGGAGUGGUGAUCUGACAUGGAGGAGAAGAGAGGGAGAAGCCCUGAGAAGGAUGGAGAGCUGGUGUAAACAACACU